GUUUUGGGAAAGGUAGUAAAGUUGGCAGUACUGAAAUUCCCAACGCUGCGUUCGGUAUCUCCAGCUGGGAGUUUCUGGGAGACGGUGCGCAGUGCAAAACAUGGAAGGAAAGUAAAGAAAAUCAGGUCCUCUUUUUGCGUCUGUGCUGUAACACCAGGAAUUUAUUAUGGAAGAAUAUAUUUUAAUAGAAAACAUGUUUGAAUCGAGUACUUCCUCUUCUUCUAGUGAGAGCGAUGACAAUAAUGAUGCCUUACAGAAUAUAUUAAAUUAUAAUAGAGAUGAAAGGAGAGAAGUGCCAAAGAUAAGAAAUUAUCUAGAAUAUGUUGUGGCUAGAUACACAAAUGUUGAAUUUAAAUCACAUUUCAGAAUGGAGCGUAAUACCUUCCAGUUUUUAUUACAUUUGAUUGGACCAAACUUGGAUAACCCUCCAUUUUAUGGGAGAAAACAAAUUGAUGCCACAAAACAGUUACUAAUAGGCAUUUAUGUUUUAGCAACAUCAGACUCUUAUCGCUCCAUAAGUGAGAGAUUUGGUGUUGCAAGAUCAACUGCAUGGUAUUCUGUAAAAAGAGUAGUUAGAGCAAUAUACAGGAUUCGAAAUGAAUUCAUCAGAUGGCCUACGCACGGAGAAGCUGCAACAUGGACAAAUUUGCAGAGGUUAUAUGGAUUUCCUAAAGUUUUGGGUAUUAUUGAUGGGACACACAUAAACAUUGUUCGACCAAAGCAAGAUGCUAAUAGUUACAUCAAUAGGAAAGGCAGAUUUUCUGUGCAGUUACAAGUUAUCUGUAAAGAUAAUUUGUCUUUUAUUAAUGUUUUUGCUAGAAUGCCAGGAUGUGUCCAUGACAUGUGAGUGUUUCUUUAUUCCGGAGUGCAACGGUAUUGUACUCCAGUAUAUUUCCCCGAGGACAGUCAUCUGUUAGGUGAUGCAGCGUACACUAUACAAAAAAAUGUCAUAGUGCCAUUCUAUGAUAAUGGCCACUUAACUAGAUAACAGAGGGAUUUCAAUCAUCACUUAUCAUCCGCCCGAAUGAUUGUAGAAAGAGCAAUUGGAUUAUUGAAAGGACGAUGGCGUUAUUUAUUAGAAAAGUUGCUUAUGACAAGAACAGACUUAGUUCCAUAUUAUAUAGUUAGUUGUUGUGUACUACAUAAUAUUUGUUUACUAAGUAAUGAUGCCAUCGAAAUCCCUGUCGUUGUGCCUAAUGUGCUACAUGAUAUGGAACCGCUAGUAGUUAACGAAGAAUUAAAAGAGGAAGGAAUUAUUAAACGAAACAGAUUGAUGGAAAUGAUAAGGAUUUAAGGUAAAAUGUAUCAAUUAAUGGAUGUGACCCAGUUAUUGGAUAGAAUGGCGUAAAUGUUUAAUAUUAAGCUUCUACUUGUAUUUAUAACUAAAUAAAUUUAUUAUAAUCUUGGUUUAUUA